ACAGUACCAAAUUCGGAAUCAGGAUGGAAAACUGAGUCGACUGAUAUGUAGAUCGAAAUUUUUAGUUCAUUUUUCUUUUUUUGGUGAAAAUCACAGUGAUUUUUCAACGUAAAAAGUCGAAGUACUCUUAUAAAAUAGAGAUACGCAUCCGUCGACUCACUUUUCUAUCCUGAUUCCGAAUUUGGUACUAUUAUUAUAUAGAAGUUGAGUUCUGUUGAGAAAAUUAAGAAUUACGAGUGGAUUUCCAUCUUUUUCGUCUCUGAUUUAGAAAAAACCCACAGAAAACCACGAUCACGGGAUGCGGAAACAUUAUCAAAUUCCUGCGUUUGUUAAGUUUUUAAUCCCCAACUCAAUAGUGUUUGAACCAAGUCUCUAUCACUCACGUGAGUCAAUAUAAUUUAAUUUUAGAAAAAGUUAAAUUUUUGGAACUUAAAAUUUAAUUAUUCAAAACUUAAAGCUUUGAGCUGAAAACUUAUUUUUUUUUAACGCUGAAUUCGAAUAUGUUAUUAAAAAUGUUUCGUCAUUGUCCACAUUUUUUAAAAGCGCUUUUUAUUCGAAAAACCGGAGUUUUCUGAAAACCUACUUCGAAGAAUUUUGGGCCGUUAGACAGUUUUCUUAUGUAACACGCUUGUUAUGCUGAAAAGCAGAAGUUUUACGCACUUUUAUAUAUUCAGAUUGAUUUGCACAAGAAAUUUUGUUUUUAGGUGAAAGUGGUUGUGGAAAAUCAACAAUCGUACAACUUAUUGAAAGAUUUUACGACGUUAGUGAUGGAAAAUUGCUUGUUGAUGAUCAAGACAUAAAAGAACUACAUUUACAAUGGUACCGUGCUCAGAUUGGUAUUGUUAAUCAAGAACCAGUACUAUUUGAUCUUUCAAUAAGAGAAAAUAUUGCCUAUGGUGACCAUUCACGAGACAUUCCAAUAGACGAAAUAAUAGAAGCAGCACAAAAGGCUAAUAUUCAUCAAUUUAUUCAAACACUUCCUGAAGGUUAUGAAACAAAUGUCGGUAGUAAAGGAACACAGGUAUCAGGUGGCGAAAAACAACGUAUAUGUAUAGCGCGAGCAUUAGUGAAAAAUCGAAAGAUUCUGUUGUUUGAUGAACCAACAAGUAGUUUAGAUGCUGAAAACGGAAAGGUUGUUCAACAAAGUAUUCAGCAAUUGCAAGGGAACUGUACAAGAAUAAUAAUAACACAUUCUUUAUCGCUGAUACAAAAUGCUGACUUAAUUUGUUUCGUACACAAUGGACGCAUUGUCGAAAGUGGAACUCAUAGUAAAUUAUUAAAACAAGGUGGAUUUUAUUCAAAACUAUAUCAAAUACGCUCAGAUUGA